AUGCCCUGCUUACCGCUGGACCGUCCCAGGAGGUUGGUGGGCCCCCGAGCCAAGCGGGCGCCGGCCUGGAGCGAGCGGGAGGUGCUGGCUCUCCUGGGCCUGUGGGGGAAGGACGCCGUGCAGGCCCGGCUGCGGUCCAACCGGAGGAACCUGGUCGUCUACGAGCAGAUCUCCCGGGCCAUGGUGGAGCGGGGCUUCCACCGAGACGUGCAGCAGUGCCGGGCCAAAGCCAAGGAGCUGCGGCAGGCCUACCACAAGGCCGGCUUCUCCUGCCCCCAGUGCCGGGAGACCGCCCCCCGGAGAGACCUGCCCUGCAGCCGGGAGCUGGCCAGCCUGGUGGAGCUGGUGAAACAGCUGGUGCUCCCAGCAAAACCGGAGGAGCAGAGCCAGUGUGAGACACAAGGGGAGCCCCGAAAACGCUCCUGCCCAGAGGAGCGGCAAGUCGUCUGCGUGGGCUGCAGGGAGUCCGGGGUGCCCCCCGUGGUCCCCACAGAAGAGGCGGCUCAGACGUACAAGGCACAAAUCAAGGCCCGGCUUCAGGCUCUGAAGGCAGAGAGAGAAAAACUCCUGCGGCUGACCGAGACCGGAAAGAUUUGCUGGGAAUAUCUGGAGAAGAUUGAACGGGAGCGGCAGAGCAUCGGGGCUGAAUUCCAGCACUUCCGCCAGUUCCUGGCGGAGCAAGAGCGCCUCCUGCUGGCCCCGGCAUCGGGAUCACUGUGA